CAAACACACAACAGAAAAGAAGUAACGAGCUUUCUGCCCAAAGCACCAGGGAAACUUCACAAACUUAACCUGCUCAGGAAAAGAAAAUACUUGAUAUUUUUGUUAAGGAAAGAGAGAAAGAAAAAAAGGAGGAAGCGAACAGAAAACACUUUGUUGAUUUAUUACAAGAAUCUGAGAAGCAGAGGUAUUCUCUAACCUUCAUAUGGUUUCUAUUCCCACUCCAUGGUAGUGUGACUGUGUGACUCAGAAACUGAUCCUGACUGCUGGACCAGCAGAAUGAGUUCAGGACUGUCUCUACCAUGUACCCCUAAUGUCAGUUUCCGAAGGGCUAGCACCCCUAAGAGAGGAUAUACAGUUACACCACUGUACUUGCCAUCUGUGGCUCCUGCCUCAAUACCACUGUCUAUCAACCGAUGUGGCCCUCGUAUCAACCCCCUCCAUCCUCCAGGAAUCAGCAGAAGGACAGUGAGCUUGGAAACUCUAGCAGCCCAUCACCAGAACCAUCAGCGUGCUGUUGUCAUGAAGCAGAAGGAAUACUGUAGAUAUCACCAGAACUGGCAGAGGCCAUUCUAUGGUUCCAGAGCUGAGAAAGAGGAAUACAGACAUGAACUGCGUCAAAUUCUUCAGCGCCAAAUAAAUGAGAAGUGGAACUUACAGAGGGAAGCAAUGGCUUCACGAACUGCAGAGAGUGAUGCAGUAAGGGAAGUGGACCGUAAUGAACUGCUGCAUGAUUUAGAACAGCGAAGAAACAAAGCAAAUUUCAUGCAUUCAUUCCGGGAUGAAAACAAGAAGCUAAUGGAGUUGAAAUGGAAAGAAAGAAGAAUAGCAUCAGCCUGGGAGAUGCUGAAAGAUCGAGAAAUCUUGCAAUACCAACCCAUUAACUGGAGUGGGACAUUAAAAUAAUAAACCAUUCCUAUUUUUGUCUUAAGGAAAACAUUUACGACAGUGUGCUUCAAGAGUUACCCAUUUAUGUAGAGUUUUAAAUUAAAAUAAGUACUGUAAAUUAUAUCUUUAGAAGAGCAUUUUGAAAAGUCCUAGAAAACAUGCAAGCGAUGACUUUCUGAGGGUUGAGUUCACGAUUAGAUAACUUAUUUGGAAAAUAUUAUACCUUACAUACAGUCACAUUAAACACCACAACACUUUUUUGCAACAGUCUUCCACAUUUGAAGCAGAAGCUUCUGAAUAAAGAAGAAAGGAAUAUAAGCAUUUCUCUUUAGGAUGCUACACUGCACACAAGGCAAUCCAUGAGGGUCAACACUUUGUCUGAGGCUUUGCAAAAAGAUUUAACAAGUAAAUCACUAUAUGAUGAUAUCAGGAGUUCAGUUGGACAACGUGGUGUCUGAAAUUUGAAAUACUAACUUAUAAUGCAGGAUGUCACUGUAGUAUAAGGCCCUGCAUUCUGGGAGUUGGAUACUGAAAUAUAACCAGGAAUGUUCAUCCCCUGAAACAGGAUGUUAUUCUCCCAUAAUGGUUAUGAUUAUAAUGAGUCAUCCCUUAAAACAAAAAUCAUUGUCCACUUGGUUAGCUAUUCCUCUUACAUAGUUAAGAGGGUACAUUACCAUUUCUAUUAAUUUGAUAGUGAUGAAUGCAUUGGCAAAGGGUCUCACUUUCAGAUGAGAAAGAAAAGUGUAUUACAAUGGGUUUAUGGGUGAAUAUUAGGCUAACUAUCCUGAAGGGUCAUUUGCAGCUUAGUCAAUAACCUGAGGUUAGAAUCAAACCCUGUAUUUUGUGUCUAUGAGGAGAAGACCUUGUGGUACCGUUCCAUAGUGGAAAAUACAGUUGGUAAGUACUAGUCUAGCUGCCCUUGUGGGCCAUUUUAAGCCUAUCCAGCUUCCCUCAGUAAGAAUCAAAACCUUUACCUCCUUACUUACCUUAACCAUUAUGCCAAAAGGAAUAAAUAAUACCAUGUAUUGUUUCACAUUCAUCUAAUUAGCUGUGUAGCAGUUUAAAGUGUCAGAAGGCAAGCAGCAUAUUAAAGCAAUGUUCUUCUGCUUUAAUAUAUGGAGAUGCAAUAGUACACAGUAGUAAACCCCACCCCACCCCCCUCUGUUUCUUCUGUGGUACACAACAUGGGCUAAAUCUCUGCUUUUUUUGUCCAUAAAGUAUCAAACAGACAAAACCCAAAGUAUUUGACAACAAAUAGCAACAGAUUGCAGUUAUUUUAGAUCAGUACAGAGUGCAGGGAUACUUACUUGCCCCUCAGUACUUUCAUCCAUUUAAAAUCUAAAUUUCAAAGCUACAUAAUGUUGCUCCACAUGCACUAUUUUGCAGCAGUAAACUGGAUAAUUGUGAAACAAACUUGCCAAAGUAUGGUAAAUUUUAGAUGCAAACUGUAGUUCUGCAAAAGACUGGAAGAACAGAAUAUAUGUUCUGUACUUUGGUGAACCCUAGAUUAAAAUUCAUGAGAAGCACCAAAUCAGUAAAUGUGCUGGUCUAUUCAAGCUAAGCACAGGUGUAUGACUAGACUGGAAAAAGUAUGCAAAUGUGCAAACAAACAUACAAAACAUACACACACAAACCAUGCACCUACCAGAAACAUACAUAAACGCACAAAGUAUGUCUUUAGAUAUAUAAACAACACAAUAUGGUGCACGUAUUCUCUUACCACUUAUACGUUUUGUAAAUACACAGUACCCAUUAAUCAAAGCAGCAUAUUAUGCAGUCAUCCUGUCUUAGCUUGUAAUGAACUCACUCUCUUUCCUUUUUGUAGCCUCAUCCAUUCCUCACAUACCCCUUCAGGUUUUGAGGCAUAUCUUGAUGCCUGUCACAUCUUCCACCAAUGAUGACCUGUUGUGCUCCUUACCAGAUGAUCUCAGACAUACAUUUUUGCCAAAAAGCCCUUCCCUCCUUCAGUUUCAGAAGAAGAAAAACUUGAAAGUUACUUGUUCCAAGACGUUUAAGGCUAGACAGGAGAGUUUUAGCAUGGUGUAGCCAAGGACCAAGAACCAUCAAUAUGUUGGAGGCCGGUCAAGACGUCCAACAGUGGGAAGCUCACACUGAAAUGAUGUCUCUCACAUCCAAGAUAUCACAUGGUUGACAUCUGUCACUCCUUGCCUUUCUUAGUAAUACUAUUUACUUUGGGACUUGGGUCUCCAGCAUUCAUUAUAUAAAGUUGGAUCCUCUCUUUCCCCAGGACUGGAGAGCAGGCCUGCUGCUUCUUCAUCUUGUGCUACCAGCUGAACCUUCCAAUGCCUUGGGCUCAUAUCUGAAACCAUGUUACUGGAAGUUGUGACAAGCACUUUGCCUCAACACAAGCAGACCAUCAUUCGUCUCUCACUCCCAUGUACUCCAAGCCUCUAUCCUUCAUACUGCUUUCACAGACAUCACAAGAACAUUGACACUGUAAGAGUUUGAAGAGUUUUCUAGCUGUUUAACAAGCUUUCAUUUUAUGUUUGUUUCUUCUUUUCAGUCUUGUUAUAGAGCAAUGUAUUGUGCUGUCAACAUGACUAACAAACAUCGAGUUAGGGGUAUGUGACUUCUACUUUGCAUUUUAUGCUGCUAAUAAAACCAGCAUUAUACAAUCUAGUGUGCUACAAAUAAACAAUUGAAGACAAAAUAAUAAUUUUUCAGAAAACUAAACCUGAAAAAUAAUAAUAAUACUUUUGCAGACAAUGAAACCUAAAAUAUUAGGUCAGCCUCUUUGAUAUGAGUUUUUUUUGGGAUUGUCAUUUCUAGUGUCAGAUUAAAACAUAGGAACUAUGUGAUAAUACAGAUAAUCAUGAUUGAGUUUCCAGUCAUAACUUAUUUGUGUUCAAAACAUGGAUGUCAAGAAAUUCACCUCAAAUAUGGAGCAGUGGAACUUAAAAGGUGACUGUGAACCUUUUUUAAACACCUUUAAAUAAUCACAUUAUUAAAAAAUGGCACAUGUACAGAUACAUUAAUAAAAAAGGAAACAAUCCAUAGUAACAUUUUUCAUUAUUUCCUUACAUUACACAAUUUUCUUUUAACAAACAUCAUUCAGUCCAACUUUACCUAAAUUGUUUAAUUCCUGCUUCUCCUUAAACACUCCUCCUCCUCCUCCCAAGCAUUAUUCUGCAUGGAUUGUUCCCACAAAUUCCAUUUCUUUCCAUGCAAUGUGCACCUUCCAUUUUCUAAAGAUCCCACCUUGAGAGAUGAAUCACAAACCAAAAUAAAAUUAUUUGCAGUGCACUGAGCUUCAGCUGCUCCAAUAUACUACAGCUAACAGAGAAACAGUGUCAGCACACAAAGUGCUUCAAAGCUUUAAAAAAUGAUGAAACACAGUAAGGUCACUCAGUCAGUGACUAGAAGCUUAAAAGGGAGAGAGACAGGGAGGUAUAUUUAAAUUUUGUCUGGUUACAAAAAUGUGAAAUAAGCUGAGCUCCUAUACUUUUGGAUGUUGUCUGUACUGUAGCACAGGACUAGAGUUUAACAGCAAUGAAAGGUAUAUAACAAAACAUGGUAAGCACCUUUCUGACAUCAGAAAUGUGCUUAAUAAUUUGAUCUGUUCCUGAGUGCUGGAGCAUAAUCAUGACAAUGAAUGAAUGACAAUGGAUUUAUUUGUAAGUGUCAUGAAUGGCAAUGACUUUAUUCCUAAAUGCAUCUAUACUGCAUAUGUGUUAACUGUCAAAGGGAAAUAUGUAAAUAAAGAAGAUACACAAUGA